AUGUCGGUCUAUUACGAGGAAAAAUAUCGAGUGAGCAUAGAAGAAGAAGUCGCAGAACAUGACGAAAUUGCUUUAGGAGGUGAAUAUGUUGCUUAUGAUGAUGAUGAUGAUGGUAAUGAUGGUGGGGAUGGUGAGGGGGAUGAGGAUGAUGAUAAUGAUGAAAAUGGUAAGGAAAGAAAUGAUGGUAGUAGUGGUGAUGAUGAUGAUGAGGAGAUUCAGGAGGAUGAGGAGGAUGCGGCGCAAACACAACCACAGUCACAACCACAUCCGAAGAAGAAAGUUCCAAAUGCACCGAGUGCGCGACACAUUCCACCCACGCAUUUGCAUCUUACUCGUCUACCCGGUGGGAAAUCCAGAGGUAAACCUAAAUAUGGAGGCAAAGUUCUAUUUGGAUAUGAUAGCUCGUGGGCCCGUACCAUCUAUGAGACAAUUGAUCAUAAGAAUGCCACGCGUCUUUUUAGACACCAAUCUUCUUAUGCAAAAAUGAAAAAAUGGCCCAUGGAAGGUGAAUGUGCAAGAGUGCGAGACAUUGUUGAAAACUCAGGUUCAGAUGCUUCCAUUCAAAACUCCGUGAUUGCAUAUGACAAGGCUGCAAUAUCAUGUUUUACUGAGAGGUUUUACGGCGAAGUCGAUGCUUUCCAAUUCCCUUUUGGCGAGAUGGCAUUGAUACCCGAAGACGCAGAACAGAUUCUAGAAUUGCAGGUUGAGGGGAAAUCCACGGGUUACAAGUUCAAGAAAAACCUAGAUUGGAAAAAAAUAUAUGAAUUGACGGAGAAGUUGUUUGGAUGGGAUGAAAAGACGACGUAUGACCUUUUUGUGAAGGGAAAGAAGUACCCAAAGAAAGAGUUUAAACUUAAGGAAAUUAGGAAGAUGCAUGCGGGGUCACUUGAGAAAGACGGAGACAAUGAACUACUCUCUGAGAAGGAAGUUCGUGCGACGGCAGCCGCAUACUUGUUGUAUGUCCUUGCUUCGGUUAUAUUUCCCGAUAGCAAAGGAAACAGAGUCAGCAUCAACCUUCUUCAACUUUUGGAUCCCUUGGAGGAGGUGAGUAAGUAUUCGUGGGGGACUGCCAUAAUAGCACAUUUGAACGCUCAGCUGGCAAAUGCUUCCCGGGAACGAACUUCUCAAAUGAACGGGAAUUUGUCUUUACUUCAGGUGUGGAUUUACGAGCAUUUCCCCUCAUUGAUCAAAGACGAUGGAGACAUCCAAUUGGAGCCAACAUGGAACAACACUAAACCAAGAGGAACUCGAUACAAGUACAGUGGAAGUCAGGAUAAGGAGGAAACUCAGAAGUUGAAGUUGUUAGCCAUGCGCCAAAAAUUGGACAACAUGACAGGAAAAGAGGUAAACUUUGAUCCCUAUAAGGAAGAUAGAGUGGGAGGACUCAUAGAUCUUGCAUAUUACCAUGGCCCUCUGUUUUACCCUUAUGGAUACUCAAUGAACAAUCCUAAUAGAGUAAUGCAUCAGCUUGGGUAUAUUCAAGAUUCACCUGAUUAGGAUUAUGUACCACCGUUCUAAUAUAAGUUAAAGAAAUACAAGGCGGACAGAAAGACGUUGGCUAUUGUUUACGAACCUGAGCCUAAGACUGAGCAUUGGAAUAAUAGGCAUUUGUCUACUAGUAGGGUAGACAUCUCUUGGUGGGAGCAUGUUAAUGAAGGUCACGAGGUAAGCGAUGAUUACAUGCCAUGGUAUGAAG